UUUUUCCAGACGUUUCGGACUUAACAGUAUUGUUCGCGUGCUUGUCUUGCGGUAUUUAAUUGCGAUUAUAUUUUGAAGGUUCUAUUGCUUUACGUUACAUCAAUUGAAGCAGACGUUUUGGAUUUACAUUUAGAUCAGAUUUAUUUUUCUUUAAAAUCAUGGAGUUGCCAAAAAUAGGAGACCAUUGCUCAGAUUCAUUUUGUCGCCAGUUAGACUUUUUACCGAUAAAGUGCGACGCUUGUGAAAAGCAAUUUUGUAAAAACCAUAUUCGAUACGAAGAUCAUAAAUGUGAAUCUUCUUAUAAAAAAGAUGUCCAAGUUCCAGUUUGCCCACUUUGUAAUAAGCCAGUGCCAGUGCCACGAGGUGAAGUGGCGGACAUAAAAGUUGGAGAACAUAUCGAUCGAGAUUGUCAAUCUGAUCCAGCGAAAAAACAUAGGCAGGCGUAUUCUAAUCGUUGUUCGGCUCCAAAGUGUAAACAGAAAGAACUCAUGCCAGUUGUUUGCCCGGACUGUCGACAAAACUUUUGUUUGCGACACCGCCAUACGCAAGACCAUGACUGUAAAGGAUUUCAAAGCAGUGGACGAGGGAUUUCAAACUCUGGCGUGGCUGCAAUUUUUCGUUCUAAUAAAGCCUCAAGUUCGAGAAACAUGGUUUCACAACCGAGGCAAACACGACCACAAAAAACAACAUUAAACGAUCUUGGUCGAAGCUUAAAUGCAGAGCGACAAAAUCGUGGAAUAUCGACUUCACAAUUACAAGGAAAUCUCUCUGAGGACGAAGCUUUAGCCCGGGCACUUCAAAUGUCAUUAGCAGAUGAACCCAAACCCCUCACUCAAGAAGAGAAAGAUCGUAUCAUGGCUCAGGAGCUUCAACGAGAGGAAGAAGAAAGACGAGCUGCGAGUAGACGCCGAACGCAACAAGAAUCGAGGAGAGAUGAUUCGAACUGUAAACUUAGCUAAAGAAGAAUAGUUUUGCAAUUGAUUUUAUUCUGAUUUUAAAAAGUAAUUUUAUAUCAUAAUAAGUUGUUUUGUUUCGGGUGAAACUUAUUUAAUAGCCCCUAUGAAAUUUAUAUCUGUUCUUUCAAACACUUUCAACUUCUGCAUUUUCAGGAAUUAUCAAGUGUGACUAGUCAGAAUAAUCCUGAUCUAUAUAACUAAGUGCUGUUGCUGUAAUUUUUUUUUUCCAAGUUGAUGUUAAUUGGGCCAAACUAUGUUGGCGUCGCAUCCCAAAUAUCUCUGGUUUCAACCCCUUUUCCCAUUCUUUCACCAUUUAAAUUUUAUUAUCAAGUCUCAAUACAUCUCAUCUAAGUUUUUUUUAAUAUAGUCCUUGUUUAUUUAAGUUUUUUACAUCAUAGGUACACGAAGCACAUCAAAGUUUUCCCAACUUAUUUAAUUUAUGACUUUAUGAACACCCUACAUAAUGCUGCCUACUUACAAAAUGGAUUCGGAAAAUGAUUGAAAUUAUUAUUUUUCUGUAUGAUUUUUGACUGUUGAAUUAUGAUUUAUGAUAAUUUUUUGUUACAUAUAUACAUAAUAUAUUAUGGUUUUGCUACUUUCAGUCAAAUUUUGUAACUGCCUAAAUGUAGAUAUCAUUCAAGAGUUUUGUCGCUCUAUCUUUACAAAACUAAGGCCAAGUCUCGUACAAAUACAGUAAUAAAAUAAACAGAAUAACCAGGCAAAGGGGCAAAUUCUGAAAAUUGUUUCAUAACGCUGACGAGCAUAUAUGCUUACUUUUUGAGCAAUUAAGGGAAAUACAGAAUGAUGUGGUACUUAUCUCAUGGGUAGUGUCGAAUCGGGAAACCGCAUCGAUAUCCUACACAAAAUACAUGCAUGACUUCUUAGAAUAAUAAGUGAUUUGCACUGAUCUCUCAUUAUGGACGAUAUUAUUCUGUACAAUAGUCAUUUUUCUUGAUAAGAAGCCUAUCGCUUUUGCCAAAGUACUCCAGGCCCUGGAAUUUCUUUUUAUAUCUGUCAUGUUUAGAUGAACGUUUCUCAUGUGGAGAUUUCAUAUCAAUUAUGCUUAUAAUGACGAAAUAUUCAAGCAUUCAGUGCAAUAAUAUAGACAUUGGAAAUGACUUGAAAAUGUAAAAGAGAUGGAAAAAAUAGGGUUAAAACUAUAAAGCUGGUAUUUUAGGGACCAGAAUGUGCAAAAACUCAUUUGAAAAAUAGUAGAUUGGAUUCAUGAUAUGUACAGGGUUAGCAUAGAUAUACAACUUUGGGCAAAUGAUCAAAGUAAGAAAAAUUGUCAUUACACAUAGGAUCACCUACAAACGCAAUGCUUUAUCCAUUGCGAUUCGAAUACACCAAACUUUAGCCAUAUACUUCACAAAACCCAAAAUAAUGUAUUUUAGUAGUCAAAUCGUCUACAAACGAUUCUUUUUUUGCUGUUUCAGUUAUUACCAAUAUCUCUUACUCAUUUAUUCGUUUUUCUAUAUGUCAAGUAUAAAUUUAUAUAAAAUCAAUGUUUAAAAAUACGUAUUAUGUGUAAAAUAUUAUUCUGUAGUAGGUGUUAGUGUUAAUCCUAGUCUAGUUUGGUUCAGAAUGAUGAUUUAAUAUUAGCUUGAACUGCAAUGUGGGUGCUGUCUGAUUCGCUUCGGUGCUUCUGUAAUUAGGAAUCGUUGAAGCGUGACUGGUCAGAAUAAUGCCCACCAAACUGAUUCUAUAUGGCUGCUGUUUCCGCAUUUUUGCUUGCGGUGACAUAGUUUGGUAGAUGAGGAUGAAGUUUGUUUAAAGACGAACUAGAUUUGUUGGUACCUUUUCCCCCUCGAGUUAGGAUUAUUCGAGUUUAUCAUAACCAUAAGACCAUUUGACAUCAAUAU